UCACUCGUCCAUGUGUGAUAGUAAUGGACGAUGUAGGAGAAAAGAGGAGUCGAGACUUGUUGGAAUUGAAAUGAUAGUUGUGUUUAUGCGUUUUAGGAAACAGAGGUACUUUGCAUGUGUAAGACUAUUGGAAUAUUGUUCAUUACGAAGAUAAUUUCAACUUGCUAGUGUUUUAGCAUGACUAACUAGCGUUUGUUUUGAUGGCUAGCUAAACGACGCAGAGCAACGCUGUUAUCUAACUAACUUGCAUCCAUUAACGUUAACGUGUAUUUAAUGGUCCUUUUACAUUUUACAAUCCGAGUUGGCGCACACAUCUGUUGAAUAGACGUGCCUAUUGAUGGGGGAAAAACAUCAUGUCUCCACCGCGAUACAAGUAACACGUUUGCUAGAUUUAGCUAAAACGUUUCAACCAUAGUCAGCGGCACUCAAUGGCUACUAGCUAUAUCCUUUGACUUGUAGAAUAAUGUGACUGCAGUCCUGUGAAAACAGAAUGGACAGAGACUUGUUGAGGCAGUGUCUGACCUAUCACGGAGAAUCGUUUUUCAACAAACUGAAAUGUGAACAAACGGAAAACCCAGACUUCCAAGCUGUGGUGUCUGACCUGUGCAAGGUCUCGUGUGAAAGCAAGAGUGAUGGGCAGGACAGCCCCCUUGUAGAGCAGUUCAUUGCCCGGAAGGCUGACAUCCUGUUCUGUCCAGCAUGGAAGACCACCACUCAUCAGGAAGAGGAACAUGAGGAGGACGACGACGCCGCAGAGCCGUAUGCCAUCAUGCCACCAGUGGAGUUAUUCAUGGAGGUGUCCUAUGAAGAAAGAAGAGCCAUGCUGUACAGGGACUUGGAAAAAGGAGACAUUUUGGUGGGGAGGAUCAACAACAUUAGAGAGUACGGCUUCUUUCUCACUCUGCUUUGCACGGCAGGAGGACUGAAGAGAGACAUAGAGGACCUAGAGCUGUCGGCUCUUUGUCACAUCAGAGAAAUUCCCUCCACUGGCAGCCAUGAUGAUCCUCUGUCCUACUUCCAGACCGGAGACUUCAUCAGAGCUGCAGUGAAAGACAUCGACCGCUACCAGGAGAAAAUCACCGUCUCCCUCCAACAGGCCUCUCUCUCUCCCAACCUGGAGCACAUCAAACUGGGUGUCGUUCCUCGGGAGGAGCUGCCCAUACACUACAGCCGUAGCGUUUGUGCAGCCGCUGACUCCACUAAGACGUACGAGUGUAUACUGAAGAGCUGCCAUGGCUACCACAACCCCUCUGUCGUGGCCUACCUGCUGGAAAAGGUGGGAGUCAGUGACACCCACCCACCAUCAAUGAUGAGAGGACUACAAAGUAAACUUUUUCAAGAGGAAGAUUUUGCCUCUGAAAUCAGGAAGAAACAGUCUGCAUCAUGGGCUUUGAAGUGCGUCCGUGCAGGUGUGGGCUACUUCAAACACGGUCACCACGUUGAAGCCAUGAACGAAUACAACAAGGCCUUGGACAUCGACACUAAUAAUGUAGAAGCACUGGUGGCUCGUGGAGCUCUGUAUGCUAACAAAGGCAGCAUCAUGAAGUCGAUAACAGACUUUGAACUGGCCCUGAAGACCUGUCCAGAUCACCGCAACGCCAAGAAGUACCUCUGCCAGACGCUGGUGGAGAGAGGAAAACAGCUUGAGGAACAGGAGAAACUAGUAACAGCAGAGGGAUUGUACAGGAGAGCUCUAUCUCUGGAUGACUCAAACCCUGAGGCGCAAGAGGCCCUGCGCAAGAUCACAGACACUAUACAGAAAUCGAUUCGCCUGCGAGAAGAAGCGGUGGCUAAGGAGCAGGACAAAGCUACGAGCAGCCAGAUCAGUGCCGAGAAAUUGCGUAAGAUCUUAAAAGAGGAGAAGAGGAUGAAGAAAAAACGGAAGAGAUCGGCUUCUUCCUCUUCGUCCUCCAACACUUCUUCCAGGAACUCCUCUCCAUCGUCAUCGUCUUCCUCCUCUCGCAGGAGGUCCAAGAAGAAGAAAAAGAAGAGGAGGAGGUCUGAGCGGGAAAGUAAGCGCCAUCGCAGGAUCUCCUCACGGGAGAGCAGCAGGAGGAGUGAGGAGGGUAAGAGCGAGAAAGACAGGAAGGUGAAAGAGGAGGAUGAGGUGGAGUGGUACCCCGCUCCUCCCAACACCGCCGCCACCUUUCUCAACCAGAAGGGAGGCCCGGGUUUUGGAGAGGAGGAGGAGGAGGUAAUGGUGAAGGAUGCUGACGAUAGACGUAUCUCUCAGCUGUACUCCUUGUCUGCAGCUUCAGAGGAUGAAGAGUCUGACUCCUCACGCAGAGAAAAUAAGAGAAGGGACAGAGAGGAGAGAAGGAAAAACAGUCUGAGCAGAAGCCCAGAAAGAGAGGAGAGGGGGAGUAGAGAGAGUCUGGAUAAGAGCAGGGCGAGAGGUAGGGGGGAUAACAGGAAAGACAGGCGAGACAGUGACUCCAAGAGGAGAAGUAGCUCUGACGAGAACAGACAGCGAAAGGUAUCCUGCUCGUCCGCGGAGUCCGAGUAUUCACGGAAAUCCAGUUUCAAAUCUGAAUAUUUAGGGAACUCGGGUUCUGCAUCAAAGCGCGUAGAGAGAGGGAUGAGACAUGACUCUUCCAAGAGGAUCUCCUUCGAUGGCGGCAGGUAUGAGAGCAGAGGGCGGGAGGAAAUUCAAGAGGUAGAAGAGGCCGGGAGGGAGAAGGACAACAGAAAGGGGAAAGUAGUGGACGGCAGCAGAAGGUCAGAUGUUGGGAACGGUAAAAGAUCAGCAGGUGCUGGAAAUCACAACAGACAGAGUAGUGUGACCUCAGUGCCAGAAGGAAGGGCUACAAAAGACCUCCCAUCCAACCUGUUGAGUAUUUUCAAUCAGAUCGCCCAGUUUGAGAAGCAGAAAGGAGCCGGGCCAAAAUAAUAACUCGAAACCAAAAGUCCAAAAGGUGCCCGAAUAUUAGUGAAACAAGGCUGUGAAAUGUGGAUGUUUGUACCAUGAAGCCAUUAUUUCUGGACUGUGUAUCAAGCUGAUUGAAUGUUCCCAGAUGUUGUACCUUUUAUUGUUGGGAAAAAAAACGCCGUUUUACUUUGAAAUGUUUUAGUCCUCGUAGUAGAUUUAAGGCCUGUGAGCAACUGUUGUGUUCACAAUGUGGUGAAAUGUUCAUCUGCAUUGGUUGAAGCUAUAAUUUGAGUAAAUACUUUCACUAAUUAUGUGAUGGCAUGUUCUUAUUGUAACUGGUGGUUAUUAGGGUAUUUCAUUAGAAGAACAUUCUCCACUUAUUGAAAGAUCUACAUCUGUGACUGCAGAUAUUAUAUAAUUCGUCAUCAUUGCUUCAUCUGUUAUUCCGUUAUCCAGCACGUCUGAUGUCGCAUCAGUUGCUCCAGGCUUUGAUAGCUCUUUUGUGUUCAUCUGAAGUUGAGACCUGUUAUCUGUUGGAGGAGAUACUGCCUUAUGUUUACUGCCUUGUGCCAUUUUGUGCAUUCUCUCUGUGGCUCGUUAAAUCUCAACCAACCUGACUCUUAGUGCUGCGGUAUUUUUAUUUUUUUUUCAAGCUAUCACACAAUGCCGAUGUUCCAGCUGCUUCCCCGACACAUUUUCUCUGUAGUAGAACAAAACUCUGUUGAAUCAAUAAAAGCAUUUAAAAUGUCAAAA